AUGCGUUCAGUCAUCAUCUGUUCUCUAGCUCUGGUCGCGGUCUUGGCCGUUCCGAGGCACAAGCGUCAAGCCGACUAUGAAGUUCAGGGUGGAGAAAUCCACGUAAAAAAUGAAAGAGGAGAAGUCCAUGGAGGAGUAGUUCGAGACUCAAAUGGAAACGAGAUUCAGGUUGUUGCUGCAGAAGACCGUCAAGGAAAUGGUGGCAUCCAGAUCGAGGGACAGGGACCUGCCUUCCGACAAAAGAGAGGCGCUGACGAGAAAGAUGACGAAAUAAUCGAUAUCUCGGUCUCCAAAGAACAUAAGGCUUGA